AUGGGCUGUGAUGAUUCCAAUGGCAUGGAGAAGGCCGGCGUGAAACCUGGGCACACCAAAAAAGAACCCUGCCUUCUCUGCAAAAAACUAAUAUCGGCCAGCCUGAAAACCCAGAAAAACCAUUUGAAGCGAAUGCAUAUCAAGCCUCUGCAAUGCGGAACAUGUGGCUUGUUCUUCGGUAAACGCUAUGAACUCAAUCGUCAUUAUAAGAAACUCUGCGAAGGAAAACCACCGCGACAGUUCAAAGAGGUUACAAAACAUGCUAUGAGUUUCGCCGAGAGUAUCAAUCAAUGUACAAACAUGAAGCAGAUCAGAGAGGUUUUAUUUAAGGAUGGUAAAAAACGUUACGACUGUAAGGAGGAGAUAGACAUCAAAGACCUAGGUGAUUCGAUGGAGUACGACGACCUCAGCAGUAGGGACGGCGAUCAUGAAGUAGAAGACUCCGAGAUGCAAAAUGAAAGAUUGGCGGAUUCCGUGGACUUUAGCCCUACACCGGAAUUAUCCAAUUAUGAGGCGGAACUCGAAGACCAAUACAAAAAUUUUAUGUCGCCUGGGCCUUGGGACCAAAUACUAGGAUCCAUGUCCGGAGGUGGUUUUAACACUGCAGAACAGUGGAACACAGCUUUUUGUUAUCCCGUUUUUGUGGAAUGUUCUGAUGUGUGA